AUGAACCACAACAAGAACCCUCCGCCGCUGAUGUUCAUCGUCGGCGACGGCAAGAAUCCGCAGAAAUCCACCAGAGCAAUCAAGUCGGCCAAGACGUCCCACAUCUCCUCGAGAUAUCGGUACUGGAGCAAAGCGAACCACCGCGACCUGGCACUCGAUUCGACCACAAAGGCGAUCCUGAACGGAGCUUCUUCGUAUCUCAACAAAUUGUCCACGGGCAACUAUCGAAAGAAGCCUCCAGAGCAGUUGAAUGGUGAGCAGGCGGACGACGAUCGACGAGCCCGUGAGCAGAGUGGCCUGUUGGACUGCAAGACGACAGUGAUCACGCCCGAAUCUCCACAGCCCCAUGUCGCUGUGAAGCCAUGGGAGCAGGCUCGUAAGGACUAUGAGCAAUGGGCUACUUGCCCCUUGUCCAUCCUUGGCUCGCAGUUCUUUGACAUCUUCACCCCCUCGGUGGCCAUGAAGUACGACAUUGAGGUCAAAACAAACCUCUACUUUUAUUUCAAGAUCAUCAGGCCCUUUGCGACGCAUUUGCUUCAGCCAUGGCAGUGGUUCGAUAACCUCGGGCAGAUCCAGGCGUCGCCUUGUCUCACCUAUGCUGUGGCGACAUUCGCCUCAGUAUUCCUGUCUGGGAUGCUCAGAGGUGGACGCGGUGUGGUGCUGCCACCAGAGACCGAAAAGGGCCAGAAUUGCCCAUGGACUAUACCCCCCUGGCUACGCCUGCAUACCAAGUGCCUGUCCGAACUCAACGCGAUCCUAAGCGACCCUGCCCAGGUGAUUGACGAAUCUUGCUAUCAAGCGAUCCUAUUCUUGUACCGACUCUCGGUUCUCCUAGCGGACGGCGAAACCGGGAGGAUGCACUUGCAGGCCCUCAAGCGGAUGGCUCUGCUUCUUGACAUGGACCAGAGUUCCCUCGGUAGGGAGCUCGCAGUCUCUAAAAUCAACAUCAUCGGUGCUUUCCUGCACAGCAAGUCUGUAGUACUGGUUAGGAAGGUUAAGGACAAGGCCAACGAGCCUGAGAAAGAGGUCGUGGAGAUCGAUCGGAAGUUCUGGCGCUCUGACCGAGAAUGGUACUCUCAUCGCGCAGGCCUGGCAGGCCGUACGUUGGCCUGGCGCCCAGAGAGUCCCAGCUCCAGCUUGCUUCCGGAGAGUGCAGCCGCCAUUGCCCGUAUGGACCCCGACAGCAAGCUAUUGGGAGAGGCCGAACAUCUCGAGAUCCAACGGUGCUACCAGAUCGCCUUGUUCUUCUGGAAGUACCUGAACUGCAUCAGCUUCAACACCUCUGCGCUGAUCAUUCGCUCGAAUCUGCUGGAGUUGCAGUACCGAAUGUCGAACAUGGAUCUUCCCACCAUGAGUUUAAUCUGCUAUACCACGCUCUUCAACAUCCUCUUAGCGGGCUCAGAGGCAGCGCGUUCGAAGCCGGAACGGGCGUGGUUCGUCCAACGGAUCGUGUGGCUGUAUCCGGACAUCCAGCACCUUGACACGGUCUGGCAGUUGCUCGCCGAGUUCUUCGAUCCUCUUGCGCUCAACUUCAAAUUCGUCGAGGAGAUUUGGGAAGAUGUCGUUGCCGUGAGAGGUUGCGGGACCGAAAAGUCCAUAAACAGCGAGGAUAAACGACUGGUCAAGCCGAUCAAGCAUUUCCGGCCAACCUCGUAUGCGCCGGACCUGACGAAGCCGCUUCCAGUGUUUGAGCUUCGAGACGUCGAGGAGGCAACGCUCGAGAAAGGCAUUCACAAAGCGCCGGGUUGUGCGACCGAUGCCACCUAA